CAAAACGCGAAUGAACAUCGACCGUGGAAGUUGACUGCAGCAGUACAAAGCGCUAGGCUGAAGAGUUAUACAAAAUUCAUGUGAGACUUGCAAGCCGCGGCCUCUAGCCAAAGCUAGCCACGAAUAAAUCAGCAGCAGCAGGAGCAACAGAACGCACCCACACUCAACAAAGGAGACAAGGACCCUCAUCGCCAUCUUUCCUGCCAAGUCGUCGCCACUGCUGCCGCCCUUACCCCGGAGUCACACUUCGAUAGACGCUGCUCUAAACCCAUCAUCUAAUCAUCUAACCAACAAACAGGAACAUUCAAUCCAAAGUAAAGCGACGGGAAGCUAUAAACAUUGGUUCACACUCAGAUUGGUGAGAGGAAUCGUAAGAGCGGCCACAUUGUCUGACUAGAAGCAACCAAAACACAACAAAAUGCCGCCAAAUGCAAAAUCGGAGACGGACGCCAAACCGGACGAGGAGCCAGCGCCUGAAUCGGCCACAGAACUAGAGUCCGUGGACCAGAAGCUGGAAGAAACACAUCACUCCAGAUUCCGCGAGCUGGAUAAGCAGGAACAGGAGUCGGCUGCCGAGGAGGCAGCGGCCGCCGAAAGUCAACGAAUCGCACAGGUGGAGACAACAACAAGGAGCGCAACAACAGAGGCUCAGGAAUCAACUACCACCUCCUUGCCAGUCAUCAAAAAGAUUGAGCAUGCCGGCGAAGUUGUCACCGAGGCGAUUGCGGAGCGCACGGGUCUGCCCACAUGGGGCGUGGUGGCCAUCAUAAUACUCGUAUUCCUCGUCGUCUUUGGUAUAAUAUUCUUCUGUGUUCGGAGGUUCCUGAAGAAGCGAAGAACCAAAGAUGGUAAGGGUAAGAAGGGUGUCGAUAUGAAAUCGGUACAGUUGUUAGGAUCGGCAUACAAGGAGAAAGUUCAGCCUGAUAUGGAGGAACUCACCGAAAAUGCCGAAGAGGGCGACGAGGAGGACAAGCAGAGUGAGCAGAAGCUGGGUCGCCUCAACUUCAAGCUGGAAUACGACUUCAAUUCGAAUAGCUUGGCUGUUACGGUUAUUCAGGCCGAAGAGCUGCCCGCCCUGGACAUGGGCGGUACUUCGGAUCCCUAUGUCAAGGUUUACCUGCUGCCGGACAAGAAGAAGAAGUUUGAGACCAAAGUGCAUCGCAAAACGUUGAGUCCGGUCUUCAAUGAGACGUUCACUUUUAAGAGUUUACCCUAUGCCGAUGCCAUGAACAAAACGCUCGUAUUUGCCAUUUUCGACUUUGAUCGCUUCUCCAAGCACGACCAGAUCGGUGAGGUGAAGGUACCUCUCUGUACGAUCGAUUUGGCGCAAACCAUCGAGGAGUGGCGCGACCUGGUCAGCGUUGAGGGUGAAGGUGGACAGGAAAAGCUUGGAGAUAUCUGCUUCUCUCUGCGCUACGUUCCUACUGCUGGCAAGCUAACCGUCGUCAUACUGGAGGCCAAAAACCUGAAGAAGAUGGACGUGGGCGGACUGUCUGAUCCAUAUGUGAAAAUUGCAAUCAUGCAAAAUGGCAAACGUUUGAAAAAGAAGAAGACAAGUAUCAAAAAAUGCACCCUCAACCCUUACUAUAAUGAGUCGUUCUCAUUUGAAGUACCAUUUGAACAAAUACAAAAAAUCUGUCUCGUUGUGACCGUUGUGGACUACGAUCGUAUUGGUACCUCUGAGCCCAUUGGACGCUGCAUACUCGGCUGUAUGGGCACCGGAACUGAGCUGCGCCAUUGGUCGGACAUGUUGGCCUCCCCGCGUCGACCCAUUGCCCAGUGGCACACACUCAAGGACCCCGAGGAAACCGACGAGAUACUGAAGAACAUGAAGUAAGGCGCUACAUGGCUGACAAAUGCAGACUUGCAGCACAUCUAUCAAACGUAUGAAAAUAACCAAAGAACACCUAAGAAAGCCGUCAAACAUAGAAAUCGAUGCAUCAUCAGCUCUAACUGAUCUUACAGAUCCUCCUGAUCCUCACCCGGAACGACAACAACAAUCAAAUGAAAUAUCGUAGUUAAAGCAAAUUGUUCAUCUAUGCAGUUAUCCCAACACAUACCAAAAACACACAGAAGAAUCAAAGCCGAUUUAAUAAUAACUUUAGGAUAAUAAGUUUAUCUCAUUGGUUGAACAGGAAAUUUAAAUGAAAACGAUGGCGAAGACCACACAAAUUAAUAAAAUGAAUUAACCAACUGAAAUUAUGUGGCUUUGACACACUUAUAAGUAUUCAUGCGAGUGUUAAUUUCCAGGUCCAUGACUUUAUUGUUGUCACUGAUUACAAUUUUUUCCAAAUAAAUUAACGCUGAAAUGAAUACGGAAACUUUCAACAUACUCAAUGUAUGGAUAAAUUGAUACAAACAAAAUAUUAAAGUUAUGGAGUAUCAUUUUAAAAGUUAAGUUUCAUUCGAUUUUAAAUUAGUCCAAUGACAGAAUGUCGGAAUCUAACCAGUUUUCACUUUGCUUUUCAACUGUUGAAGGAUUACUAGCGAAUAAUAUUACUAAUGAACAUAAAUGCAUCACAACUGUUAUGUAAAUUAUUUAUUUGUUUAACUUAUUGAGCAUUACAAAAAUGUACUUAACUGUGUAAGUAUAAAUCAACAUAUAUGGAUAAUAGAUAAAGGAUAUGUAAACGAUAAAAAACACGACAAACAUAUGAAGAAGAGUAAUGAAAGCAGAAUAAUAAAAUUAUAUAUAUUAUAUAUAAAAUAUUAUGUAACCCUUGCAUAGACUAAUGUUAUGUAUGUAUACACAGAUCUGAGUUUUGAAGACCUAACGAAAUCAGACGUAUAUUCGUAAGUAGAGAGGAAGCCCCAAAACCAAAAGCAAAUAACAAAAGUUAAACUUUAAAGCGUGAUUUCAAUGGAAUAUAUCAUCAGUUUAAUCUUUAAAACAAAUAUCGAACAUUUUGCACUGUGGAUCAGAUUGGAAUCUUUGUGUUUCUUAUGUUCGGAUAAUUUUAGGCCAAAUAUAGAAUGUGAGCAGAGUAAUGGCUCAGUUCUGUUAGCGGUAGUUUCAAUGCAGAAAAUUCAUUUGUUCAUGCAAACUUUUACCUUUUUUUUCUUUGUUUCUGUCUUCUCUUUAUCUCCUUACUUAUUUUCGAUUAGAAUCUAUUCCUUUGUUUUGCUUUCUCGACUCAAGUCUUGAGGUUUCUACAGCUAUGUAUUUACGGAUCGUUGUUUUCGUUUUGAACUCUACCACACUCAAUAAUUUAGAAAUCAUAUUAGGACCUAAUGAAAAUAUACAUACUAACUAAAUGAUUAUGGCAAAAUGUUAAAACAGAAAAAGAAAUAUUAAGAACAAUAAUAGUUAUUACUAUUUAUAUUAUAUUCAAGUAUAUAUACGACAUCUAAACAAUAUACAUUUAUAUAUAUACUUAUAUAACAUAGUGCUCUUGCUGCACAAGCCUACUAAGAAAUCGGAAUUUUUAAUAUGGAUCGCAAACAAAAAACACUUCUACCUUCCUAUAGAAAAAGUCUCAAAGUUGAAUAGGAAGCAAGGGCAGCGCAUUCCAAGCGAAAAUCGGGCAUUAAAGGAGAUUUAUUAGAGAUGAGCCAUAAUUUUCUGAUUUUUUCCAUAUUGAGGUAAACAAAUUCCACUAAUAAAUUAGAUGUUUUUUGUCCUGUAAAUGGUAUAUUAUAAUGGUAUUGAUAAUGCGUAGUUAGGGAUCGGUGUAUCCCCUGUACACACACCUACACAGUUGUAGUUAUGUUCACCGAAGCAACAGAGAUGCAUAAAAUAUGAGUAAAGCGAAGAUGCAAGGAUGCAAGGAAAACACCACAAAUAUUUAUGUAAUAUAAUUCAUCUAAAUUUAAACACUCGAACGGGGGAAAACUCGAUGAAAGACAGGAAACCAAGAUAUAACAAAAAUUACGAGUAUUCUUCAAUAAAAAAAUAAAGUACUUUGCUUUUCCAAAUAGUUACUGUAAAUUAUCUCAAAACCCAAGAACAAAGACACAAAGACACGAAAUAAAUCUUAAACAAAUAAAACAUAACCUAACCACAAGAACAACAACAACAACAACAAACAAAGAAACAAACUAUAUACAUAUACUUGCGUAUUAAACAAAUUAUAUGAAAAAUUAUAUGAAAUGAUGUUGAUUAUUGAUUUAAAUUUAAACUGAGAAAGUGAAUAAAACAAAUUAUAUAUACACCUAUACAUAUAUAUAUAUACAUACAUAUAUAUAAAUAUUAAACCAGACAAAAGCAGAAAAUUUCAUUUGUGUUUUUCUUCAGUUUAAGUAUCUUUAGUUGCACAGCGUUACACUGGGCCACACACAAACCCGAACCCCACGUGCGACAAUGUAAGUGUGACCCUCUCUCAAAUCCGGAUGUACAUACAUAAAAACAUGCGUACAUACAUACACACACACAGUGACACAGACGCAAACACAGACACACUGAAACUACUGACCACACGAACUGACCAAAAUGCAAGUCGUACACUUAAAUGUAUUAUAAAGUUAGUUAUAUGUACAACAACAAAAUGUGUAUAUGUACUUGUACUAUUAUUUCCUAAAAUCGAAAGCAGAGAUUCGAAAUAAACGUUAUCAAAGCAGCAUUCAAAAGCAGCGCAAAAGCCAUCACGAAAAGCACAAAUCAGUAGAAAAAGCGAAAUGAAGCUAAACAAAACAAGUAAACAAAACGAAAAUAAACUAACAUAAAAUAGGUAACGUAACAAUAACAAAAAAAAAAGAUGAAACCAUAAAGAUAAUGUAGCAGUCCAUGUAUCUUUAUUUUAUAGAUAUGUAUGUAUGUAAUUUAUAUCGAUAAAUCAGGCAUAAAUGCAUUUAGAAACCAGACCAUAACCAGAGCAUAAACCGAUCGUUGAGGAUAGCAGGGGAACCUGAACAAUUGAACAGGAGCGAUCGAUAUCAUCUCAAGGGUAUUCACUAUUAUGUUAUGCAUACAUAUGUACAUACAUAUGAAUCUAUGUAGGGCGCACGUGAGCAAAGCGAUCGAGAGGGGGAUCUGGGGCAGACAUGCCGUGUCUGUGUAGGAAAAUGAAUAGCGACAAAUACAAGAUAUAGAAAUAUGCGUUAUAGGUACAAGCCACCUAAAAUAUAGGACAAUGUUUGAUGUUGAUAUGAGUUAAUCUGGCCACAUAGCGUGCGCAUUAUAUGCAUACAUACAUAUGUAUAUGUAUGUACGAGUAUACAUGGUACAUACAAUUCGAGUACAUUCCCAGGAGAAGAAUAGCCCCAGCAUAAUCAUUUUAUACGAGUAUGCCAGGUGAGCAGCAGGGAGUAGGAAGUACCCUAGACAUUUAUACAUAACCAUCAAGAGCACCGCAUAGUAUGAAGUUACCAUACGAUAUAUAAAUAAUUACAUAAAUAAACAAUAAACAUACUACAUACUCGUGCUAUGAAUGCCAAGUACUACUCCACCUGGGGAGUAGAGUAGGCCAAUUCUCAGUUCAGAAUCCACAAUACCUACCUAGAACACUCACUCAGCACCACACUCACCCACGCGGAUAUCAUUUAAUGACUCUUUGCGGAGUUUUGUUGUUUAUGAUAAACUGUUUAUAGAUGUUUUUGAAUUUUAAAUAAAUUAUAUUUACUAUAUGGCAAAGGCAAAUAAUACCUAAGCAAAAACAAUACGUGCGAAUCCAUAUAUGAGAUAGCAAUGUAUGUGUGUAUGUUUUAAAUGCUAAUACAAAAACGAAUCUUGAAUUGAGGCUUUUGCGGGAAGCGUCGAACGAAUGAAUAUUACUGAAUAAACUGCAUAUAUA